AUGGCAGCUCCAAUACGAAAGGAACACCCAAUCUUCCGAAUACUUAAAGGAACCUUUGUUGAUCUUCCCCUCCCCUCCAAUCUCUCCAUUUGGUGAAAAUUUGGCUCACUUUUAGGCUUAUGCCUUAUAGUCCAAAUACUAACAGGACUCUUUCUGGCUAUGCACUAUACAGCAGAUAUUACUCUGGCAUUUUCAUCAGUAAGACACAUAUGCCGAGACGUAAACUACGGAUGACUCCUACGCAAAGUACACGCCAAAGGUGCUUCACUAUUUUUCAUUUGCAUGUACUGCCACAUAGGGCGAGGGCUCUAUUACGGAUCCUACAAAAAGGUAGAAACCUGAAACAUAGGAGUAAUUCUGUUCUUGGUAACCAUACUUACCGCUUUUAUGGGCUAUGUCCUAGUCUGAGGUCAAAUGUCCUUUUGGGCCGCAACAGUAAUUACUAACCUCGUAUCUGCAAUCCCUUAUAUUGGUACUACAAUAGUACAAUGACUCUGAGGGGGGUUCUCUGUAGACAAAGCCACCCUUACCCGGUUCUUCGCGUUCCACUUUCUUUUCCCCUUUAUAAUCGCAGCCCUUGCAGUUAUACACCUAGUCUUCCUCCACAAAAGAGGAGCCAAUAACCCUGUUGGACUGAAAAGGAAUUACGACAAGGCCCCAUUCCAUAUUUACUACACAACAAAGGACACGGUGGGAUUUAUUCUGCUAAUAACUGCCUUGUUUAGCCUAGCCCUUCUCUUUCCGGGAGCCCUAAAAGACCCAGAGAACUUCAUUCCGGCUAACCCCUUGGUCACCCCUCCCCAUAUUCAACCGGAAUGAUAUUUUCUAUUUGCAUAUGCUAUUCUACGCUCCAUCCCCAACAAGUUGGGGGGAGUUAUUGCUCUAGUUGCAGCGAUUUUAGUUCUCUUCUUAAUGCCCCUCUUGAACACAUCAAAGAAAGAGUCAAACUCUUUCCGUCCCCUAUCCCAGGCGGCAUUCUGAUUGCUUGUUGCCACCUUCUUUAUAUUGACCUGAAUAGGAGCACAACCUGUGGAAUACCCCUAUGUAUUCCUAGGACAAGUAGCUUCAGUACUUUACUUUAGCCUAUUUAUAUUCGGGUUCCCCCUAGUCUCCUCAUUAGAAAAAAAGAUAAUCUUUUCUUAG